CUGGGCGCGGCACUUCCUGCUCCGGGGCCCCAGCGCCCCGCGCCCCCAGCCCGCGGUGACCCCGCGGUGAAAGCUGUCGGUGCUGCCGGGACGGGUGCUGGGCCCUUGCUUUCCGUUCGGGGCUGCGCUCCCCUCCCCAGGAAUCUGCUGCUCCCUUCCAAAAUAAGGGGCGUGGGGGCCGGCGGGGGGAGGAGUGUGUGGUUGUGUGUGUGGUUGUGUGUGUAGUAUGUAGUUGUAGGUGUGGAUGUGCAGCGUUGCACGCUGGCUCUGCAGUCAUCCCGGCUCGCAGGAGAUCCCCCCCGCCCCGUCCCUGUGCAGUUCCCACGUCUCAUGCCUUUGCCCUCCUCCCCCCUCCCCCAACCUCCCCUCUUCUUCUCCUUGGGGAGGCUCAACCCUUGCAUAGACUCGCCCUAAAAGAAUCUGAGCCGAGGGUUCCUAGAGAUGAAGAGACGGGGGAAACAGGUUUCCACUGCUCUUUGCUCGGAUUGGGGGCCGGUUGCCCUCUCGUCGUCGUCUGCGUUCCCUGAGCUGGGAGGCUCUCGCGGGAGUGGUGGCGGGUGUUCCUUAAAGGCUUGUCAGUCAGCUGCUGCUGGUUUGGACCAGGCUGGGCUUGGUUGCAGGUUGCCAGCUGAAUCUAGGUCUGCAGGACCAGGAACUAGCUGGUGCUUAUUCUUCUCAAGGUCCUGGGAGUUUACUCCUUGCAUCCGGGAGAUAGGAAAAGAGGAAACAAAUACAAGACUGCACUGGAGUUUUUAUGGACCAGUCUCAGAGCCAGCUGCCAUGUUGUGAGCAGUUCUACCGAGAGGACCACAAAGUGAGGGAGCGCCAGUCUGUGGCCGACAGCCAGUGAGGAGCUGAGGCGAUCAGCAAGCGAGUUUGGAAGCAAGUCCUCCGGCCCCAGCUACCAGAAUUUCGGUGCUAGCUUUUGGAGCCACAGACUGGAACAGGAAAAGGAGUGAGAAAAUGGGCGCUUGGUACUACUGGAAAUCCUGGUUUUAUAAGAAUCUGUGAGAGAAAAGGUUUGAGUGACAGAAGCGCUGAGGAGGAAGCCAGAAGCCAGCUGAACAGUGACCAGAGGCUAGCUCCAUCACUCUCCUCAGUUCAUGCUGUUACGUGCUUUCUGUCAGGAAUCAUUCACACAGGCAGCGGUUUUGCACCAGGCUCCCAGGAGCAAGCAGAGUGAAUUGAAUUCCUUCUUGUGGACCAUAAAGCGAGAUCCGCCAUCUUACUUCUUUGGCACGAUCCACGUUCCAUACACCCGGGUUUGGGACUUUAUCCCGGACAACUCCAAGGAGGCUUUUCAGCAGAGCAGCAUUGUGUACUUUGAGCUGGACCUCACGGACCCCUACACUAUCUCGGCCCUCACCAGCUGUCAGAUGCUGCCGCAGGGCGAGAACCUCCAGGACGUGCUCCCCAGGGACAUCUACUGCCGCCUCAAGCGCCACCUAGAGUACGUCAAGCUCAUGAUGCCCUCGUGGAUGACCCCAGACCAGCGUGGCAAGGGGCUCUAUGCGGACUACCUCUUCAACGCCAUCGCGGGGAACUGGGAGCGGAAGAGGCCCGUCUGGGUGAUGCUCAUGGUCAACUCCCUGACCGAAGUGGACAUUAAGUCCCGUGGGGUGCCUGUCUUAGACCUGUACCUUGCCCAGGAGGCUGAGCGGCUGAGGAAACAGACUGGGGCUGUGGAAAAGGUGGAAGAGCAGUGCCAUCCACUGAAUGGGCUGAACUUUUCACAGGUCAUCUUUGCUUUGAACCAGACCCUCCUGCAGCAGGAGAGCCUUCGAGCAGGCAGCCUUCAGAUCCCCUACACGACAGAGGAUCUCAUCAAACACUAUAACUGUGGGGACCUCAGCUCCGUCAUCUUCAGCCAUGACAGCUCCCAGGUUCCCAAUUUUAUUAACGCCACGCUGCCACCGCAGGAGCGCGUCACCGCCCAGGAGAUUGACAGCUACUUCCGCCAGGAGCUCAUCUACAAGCGGAAUGAGAGAAUGGGGAAGCGGGUGAAGGCCCUUUUGGAAGAGUUCCCGGACAAAGGCUUUUUCUUUGCCUUUGGAGCUGGUCAUUUCAUGGGCAACAAUACAGUGCUUGAUGUCUUGCGGCGCGAAGGCUAUGAGGUAGAACACGCCCCCGCUGGACGACCCAUCGACAAGGAGACGAGUAGAAGUCCCUUGUCGGGACCCGCCUCCUCUGCCAUCUUUGUUCCGGAAGUGCCUGCCUCAGAAGCGCGGGUACCGGAAGCUGGGUCUGCCGUUCGCUCGCUGUGGCCUCCCCACGUGUCCCUGCCUGGAAGUGCCCCCCUGGGAGGCGGAGCGGAGCGGAAGUUUCGGAAGAAACGGAGGCGGCAGCGGCCACAGCGAAAGCAGCGGCUUCGGCAGUUCAGCGAUCUGUGGGUCCGACUGGAGGAGAGUGCUGAGGUCCCACAGCUCCAGGUCCCUGUUCUGGAUAGGCACAUCUCUGCCGAGCUGCAGCUCCCUCGCCAUGGGCAUUCCCGCCACAGCCAGAUGGUAGCCAGCAGUGCCUGUCUGUCUCUCUGGACUCCUGUGUUCUGGGUGCUGGUGCUGGCUUUCCAAACAGAGACACCCCUCCUGCAAUGACGGGAGGAGCCAGGCCAGGCCCCUGACCCCUUGGACUUGAAGGAUGGCUAUUCCUGUACUCCCCACCCUAUUCUGGCCUUGAUAGGCCCAACCCAGGAAAAGAGAGAAUAAAAGUUGAUUCUUCUCUUUCCAAGGAACGACUCUGGGUUAUCCAGCAGUGCUGGGGGUAGGUGUACAGUUUUAUAACAUAAUGACUUGUAUGAAAAUAAUUGUAAAUGAAUUAUAUGGAAAUAAUUAAAUGUCUUUUCUUUGUAGAUUUUUCCCCACAAUGUGUAUAUGUUAUGCAAACAACUCUUGCUCACACCCUCUGAAUAUUGUCACUGCUUUACCCCUGGGCCCUACUCAUACUGGUCCUACCUGCCACUUUGGAUCCUGACCUUUUUCUCCUUCCUGCUGCUCCUCUUCCUACUCCUGGUUAUGGAUUCAGGGGAGUCAGUAGGCCAUAGGAGCUUUGUUCUGUUUCCUGCGCUCUGACAAGUGCUUUAAUUAUGUAUGUGAGUGUCUCACCAACAUGCUGAAGACUGGAUGAAUGGUAGGCUUUGUCAGAGGUGCUGUGUAAGAAAGUGGGUUUCAAAUGCUCCCCCUUCCUGUCUUGUUAUUUAUUUAUAUGCUGAUGCCUUUUAUAAAUAAAAUCUUAUGAGGGAGUCUCUAUAAAAUGA